CUUUCCUGGGCGGUAAUAUGUCGUCGGCUCCUUAUUGAGUCAUGACCCUUAAUACUAACAACAACAACAACAACGAAGGUUCUGCUUCAUGUGAAAUUUGUCAAUUUUUGAGAGAAAUAGUCUGGAAAAAAAAGAAGAAUCUGUGAGCAGAAAUAGUUACUGGCACCAAAAAGAUGGAUAACAAAGAUGAGCUUCAUCCAAACUGGAAGGCUCUGGCUACUGCCCACUUCAGGUGGAAAGUGUUUGUACAAGCACAGCCAGAAGCACCACAAGAGCAAAAUGAUAAAAGUAGGGAGAAAAUUUGCACAUCUUUUGACGGAGAUGCUGCCAAGAAAUUUUACGAGAAAUUAAUGGACGAAAGUUCCAUGCCCGAAAAUAGCACUGAUGAAGAAUGGUCAGAAACAAAAAACAGUGAGAGAGAUUUUACCUCAGUUGGAGAUGUUUGUAAUGAUAUUGUAGAUGUUGCAGAACAUAAAGCAGUUGGUAAAAAAAGAGAAAGUGCUCAGUCUAUAAAUAAAGCAAUGAAAUUUGCCCAGAAUAAUGAUGCAAUUAAUUUAAGAGAAAUGUUGACUAAUGGUUUUAAUGUUAAUGCCAAAGAUGAGUAUGGAUGGUCACUCUUAAUGGUUGCUGCAUGUGCUGGUGCUAAGGAUACAGUGCAAGUAUUACUUGAUAACAAAGCAAGAAUGGGAGUAAGGGAUAGGAAAGGUAACACUGCCAUAUAUUUAGCAACAAUGAAAGGGCAUACUAAUAUUGUUAACGUGUUGAUAAAAAAUAGUAAAAAAAUGGACAAUAAUUCCUUGUUAGGUAAAGAAAUGGGAACUUUCAGUCCAAAGAGGAAACCUCAAAUUGAAGAGUUUUUUUGUGAUAUUUGCCAAAGAACAAUAAAGGAGAGUUCACCUCUCCAGCAUGAGACUUCCAUUGUUCACCAGUUCAACCUGGGGACAGGGGCAAAUAAAACUAUAUAUGGUAUUCCUCCCAGCAAUAAAGGCUAUCAGCUUCUUGUUCAUCAAGGCUGGGAUACAGAAAAAGGCCUUGGUCCUCAGACGUCUGGUAUGAAGUUUCCUGUUAAGACUGUUCUAAAAAGAGAUAGAGAAGGUCUUGGUAGUAGUAUCAAGGAUGUUGCAAGAGUGACUCACUUUGGUCCAGCUGAUGUGGCUGCUGUUAAAAGAGUUUGUAAACCAGGCGAACGAAUUGAACGGCAAAGUACUCUUAGCAAAAGAGAAGCCAAAAAGCAAAAAUCAAAAGACAUACAAAAAGAAAUAGACAUAAGAAGAAUGUUAAACGAACCCGAUUUUUGAGAUCACCUCUGCAUCGUAUGUGUGAUCAGUUUUCAGGGUCUGUGAUUUACCCCUCUCCUGUUUUGUGCAUUUUCCUGCUCAGGUCCAGUCCCACCCAGCCUGAGGGCAGACUUCCUUGUGCAGUGCUUGGUCUCCCAGGCUUUUGCUCCACUCAACACUUGUCCAUUUCAUAUAACUAUUUGGAAAAUGUACAUUGCUAUAGUCACAGACAUUGUAGAAAGGAAGUACUGCAUUAAAAAUAUGUUACAAGAGUAGAGCGGAAGUCACAAUUUUAAAUGCAGACUUCAGAAGAAUGCAUCUCUCAAAAUCACAUACUAUCUGGUGAUUGCACAAAGUUGCCUACUCUCAUGAUAUGAAUGUCCCUCUUUAUGAUAGUAGAGCCUGUCUGUCUUGGACAAGCUCUGCCUCCAGUCAUGAUAGCAAAUCUAUCAUAGUCAUGUUCCACCUCCAGUCAUGAUAGCAAAUCCAUUAUGGUUAAAUCCCACCUCCAGUCAUGAUAGCAAAUCUGUCAUGGUCAGAUCCCACCUCCAGUCAUGAUAAAAGUCUUAUCAUGGUCAGGACCCACCUCUUCCCUUUCCCUUCUGUAGUGCAACAUUGUGAAGCUUAUGGUUUUAAUCCACUCAAUAAAUGUAAUAUAAUCAGGGCCCCUCUCAACAGAGUAACAUGAAACCUUUCCAGUGCAUUAAGUUACUGACAUUUUUUUGUUCCUUGGUGUAGGACUGCAAGUAACCAAUUUGCUCACAAAAAAAAAAAAUUCUCUAGUAAGAUAUAUUGGUAACUUAUUGGCUUAAGUUGGUAAGCAUGUACUGUAUAAUUUGCUGUUUUUAUAUUUUUAUAGAUAAUUUAUUCAAUAAAUAUUUUCUGUGCUUAGGAAGAGUGCUUUGCUGUCAGUAAAGGGCUCUUGAUUCAAGGAAUUGUAGCAACCCUCUUCUUAGAUCAGACUUAAUUACUAAAUCCUUAUGGGCUUAGUCUUUCUCCUAUUAUUAUUUUUUAUUAUUAUUUUUAUUAUUAUUUGAACUUUCCUACUUUUCUUUUAAUAAAUACAUUAUUGCAUUGGCAUGAAUACAGUGUGAACCAUAUAGGUUUACUUCUUAAUUUUUAAUAUUGUCAUGAAUAGGUAAAUGUGUCAUAUACUAUAUGCUGUGUAUAUAAUUUAUGUUCUUUUAGAUUUGAAAAUAAAAAUAAUAUUCAGUCUCGGUAGUAUUUUGUGACCAGAUAUUGAAAGGAUUUCGGUACCCCACCAUCCUCACUUAAUAAUUUAUUAACAUUAUUGCUUUCAUGAAGACUGCAUCAGUGUGAUUUGUGAAUUCGGAAUGUCCAUGCUGCAUGUGCCUUUCUGAUGGUAGGAGUUAAUUUUCUGUUAAACUAAGACUACGAAGGUACGCUAUUAUGAUGUGUUGAAAAGGAAAAUUAAAAUCUUUAUUUCGUUGGAAACAUACAUGAAAGAGUGAAUGGGUUUGCAGUUCAUUUGGCUUGGUUGAUAGUGUGCUCAUCUCACACUAAAGGACCAGGGAUUGCUUCCCUGCUUGGGUGAGACGUUGGGCAUGUUUCCCUUACACCUGUUGCCUCUGUCCACCUGGGUGUUAGUUGACUGUUGUGGGUCACAUUUGGAAGGAGAAGAUUAAAUGAUCCCAAUGGAAAUGCAACCGACAGUCUCCCAGUAACUCGUGGAUUUUAUUAGGUUAUCCUGGUUUGCUAACACUAGGUUAAAAAUUUGAUCAAAAUUUUAUCCUAUCUUAAUAUGCUACAAAUACAGUUUGAUACAGUUAUAAUUGUACAUUCAAAAGAAAUCCACUUAUUAUGCCAAGAAUUUCAGGCAAACUAAUCCUAAACUUAGUUUAAAGGACCUUGAUUUAACAGACCCUGGUUUAUGGACCUUGAGUUAACAGAUCUUGAUUUAACAGACUUUGGUUUAACAGACUUUGGAAACACUUAACAAAAUCUGCUUGGUCAGUUGAUUCAAAAUCAGCAAUGUGAUUUGGUUAAAGAAUUUACUAUUUUUGUUAUGAUCACGGCAAAAUAAUCCCAUACUACCCCCGUUAGUUAAAUUGAGGGUUUACUGUACAGUACUUAAUAAAGUUCUUGGUAAUUGCCUGCAUUAAAGUGCCAUAAACUGUUUGAUGAAAAAUGAAAAAGCACUUAGAAAAAUAAACGUAAACACAGUACAGGAAGUCCUCACUUAACAUCGUCGAUAGGUUCUUGGAAACUGCUGCUUUAAGCGAAAUGACAUAUGUAUAACGAAACCAGUUUUACCAUAGGCUAAUUGAUAUAUAAAAAAGUUAAGUUCUUAUGGCAAGGGAGUGCUGGGAGGGAGGGCAGUAAUGCUGCAGAUGCUAUGACUAUGGGGUAUGUCACUGGUUGCUAUCAAGUUGUAUAUCUACUCUAUUAUUGACUUUUUAUUAUUUUAGUUACAAUAUCACAUAUUUUCAGAAUUAUACAAGAAACACGCUACAUGUCAUAAAAACUGAAUACAAACGGCCAUAACAGAGAAAAUUACUAUAUGUAAUAGUAAAGCUGGGUAAGCAGCUGUGGCUUCUUAGUCAGCACUUUCAGACUUGGCUGUUAUUUGUAUGUCAUGCAGUUUUAAAUUUAUUUUAUUUAUUUAUUUGAACAUGAUACAGUGAAGUACAAAGGAAUACAGUUAUUACAGUGCAACAUGCCAAAGCCCCUUGUAUGCAGAGCAUUUUAUAUAAUUAUAUAUAAUAUAUAAUUAUAUAUAAUACCGUACUGGUAACAUGGUGCUCUAUAAAGCUAGAGCUGGCUUUGCCCCUCUGUUUCCUUGGAUCAAACCUGCAUUCCUCCCUAAAGGUAAAAAACUGCAUUUCUGUGAGAUGAUUGCUUGUACUGCUGCAACUGAUUUUCAUUUCCUGAUGUGUGUAUAAGCAGCAGUGAAAGUACAUCAGAACUGGAAAAAAAUAGGAAAGAUCAUGUAAUUUCUGUAAGAUGCUUUUUUGGAGAUUAAAGUUACCUCCAUCUUUAACCAUGGAUCCAGCAUUUUCCAAAUAGGAAGAGUGCUUUACCAAUAGCUCUUGAAAAAUUCAGCAAAAUGUUUCCAAAAAUGCUAUUAUGCUUCUCAGUGAGAAUGCCUCUGACAUUUCUUUCCCACUUCACUGUCUUCAGCCAAAGAAGCCCUCCUAUUGAAUUUCAUUACCUUUGGAUAAUGUCUUUAGAUAUCAGACAAGGACAAAUUUCAUUACACUCCAGCCAAGGUCAACUGAGGGUGUCUUAGAUGAUCAUAAAGUUGAUCAUACACUGCUGAACUCGGCUAGCCAUAACAUCUCAUUGUGUAUUGUGAGAAGUGUCCAGCAUGCUUCAAGCUGAGAUGCUAAAACAGCUACUUAAUGCUGGCAAAGGACUUUCGAUCCAAGAAAUUGGAGCUAUCCACUUCCUUGAGUCAAAUCUGAUACCCUCUCAUUUCCUGGGUACUGCAUGACCCUUUCAGAUUUAGUGAUCCUCCAUGAAUAUACAGUGGACCCCCGGUUUAUGAUAUUUUUUUCAUUCCAGAAGUAUGUUCAGGUGCCAGUACUGACCGAAUUUGUUCCCAUAAGGAAUAUUGUGAAUUAGAUUAGUCCAUUUCAGACCCCCAAACAUAUACGUACAAACGCACUUACAUGAAUACACUUACAUAAUUGGUCGCAUUGGGAGGUGAACGUAAAGCGGGGGUCCACUGUAUUAUAUUCCUAACACCAGUCUUCUCUUAACCAUGCUUUUGCUAAAGGUCCACAUGAAUGUAACACAGUCUUAAUCUGCAAGUCAUUUCCUCUCAUGGCAGGUUCUUUGAUGCAGGUGAGGGGC